AUGGAUCAUUUGCUUCAACAGCUCCUGCCUGUCGCCGCCUCACUUCGCCAGACCACUCCACCGUCCCAGGCUUCGACUCCCGGAUCCUGCCAUGUCGUUGAAGGACCGUGGAUUACAGGCAGUAGUAAUACCUCGCACAACACCGAGCACCAGCGUCCGUGGCUCUUUGAUCCGGCUGCCUCUCCACGCAUUACUACACACCUUGUCCUGGACGACGCCACGCUUCACGAGGCCAUCCGGCUGUACUUCAAAUGGUGCCAUAAUCAGCCCAUAUCCCUUUUCACAGAAGACAAAUUCCUCGAGACUCUAAAGUCGAGGGAUCACGAACUUCUCCUCGCCAUGCAGGCCCUGAGCCUGAGGUUCCCCCCCAAUACGCUCACGCCGUCUAAACAAGAGCGCCUUGACGCCAUGUCGAGGCUCUCUCGCCAGCGUACAAUGGAUUGCCUCGUCAAUCGCCGUGUGAAGCUGUCGACCUUGCAAUCCCUCUGUCUGCUGAGCAUGGUUGAUAUGGCUGCGCUAACAAUAAGGUCUCUCUUCCCCGACCCCUUUGGCCAGAUGGGAAUACGAUGCAAGCUGGGAGCGGGCUUAAUUGGUUGGCAAACCUUGGCCGCCAUCACCGGCCGUAGCUCCUUCUGGACAUUAACGACAAACCCUACCGUGCCCUUGGACGGAGGCACCAGCUGUCUCAAUAGCCGCUCGGAUAUGGGCAUUCUGAAAUACACCUCUCAGUUGAGCGAGGUGUGGCAUAUGGCUAGAAUUUACGCUGCAUCUCAUGUUGGACCGGACACGCCACCGCCCUGGAGUCCUCAGUCUGACUAUUCGGCCGUCACGCAGCGCCAUCUGGAAGUUGAUUGCAGUGUCCCCUUAAGAUACCGUUUUGCGGCCAAUAAGUUUGGAGACCAGACGCCUGAGUCGUUACAGAAGCACCGUCACUACUGGGGUCCCUGGCUGUUCCUUCAAUUCAUCUACGCGGCCAUCCCCUGCCUUCUCAACCACCCCUUUCUCUUGUCCAUGCGCCUUCGGAACUUCCGCCAUACCAUGCCUCAAUUCUUCAUUCACCAGUCCUUUGAUCUUAUUACUCGCCAUGCCGGUUGGAUUACAUACUUCAUCGAUUUGUUGGACAAGAAGUCCUUCCAGCCAUCGGACCCAUCAUUGGCUCAUUGUGUGGUCAUUGUCGCCACAAUCCAUCUUCAACAUAGCUUCGUUGAAGAACCGAGUCUCCGAGAAAAGGCUCAGGCGGGCUUCGACAAGUGCUUAAAGUUCUUACGCCUCAUGGGAUCCACCUGGCCGCGGGUGUCCGUCAUGGCGGACAACUUAGAUAAUUUACGAAGUAGUGUUGUCGUUGCUCCUUCUACUACUCCUACUAGGGCUGGAAACGAAAAUUCCACCGGACUACGCCAGGCCCCGUCUAUCAAUGCGCAGUUGCUGUGGGAUAUGUUGAUAUAUGAGCGAGCUGGACAGCGAGAUGCCGCCGCGGACCAAUCCAUGUUUCACGAUUCACUUGCACAGAUUCCAGCAGCAAUUCAGGAUAACAACCAAGACACAACUACAGCCGAGUUCGACCUGGUAGGAUCCGCCGGCAUCUCAGGCCACAAAACUGUGCCUAAGGAUUCUCCAGCCUACCCUCCGGAUGACGCCGCUACGCCACUGGACCACGCAUCCAGCGGGCCUGGAACGGCACCUGAAGCAACAGCAGGUGUUGCGGACGCAGAGCGCUACGUGGAUGGCAUCGGAGCGGAGAGCAACUAUGAGGGCCUGUAUUUCCAAGCAGAUGACUUUAGCAGGGCGAUUGACGACUGGAUGAGUAUCAAUCUGGGGUAA